AUGAAUCAGGAUUUGUUUAUUAAAAUUUUUGAAUUUCUGCAAUGUGCCCAACAAGAACUUCUUACCGCCGACGCGGUUAUCUAUCAGGCGUUUGAGGAAAAUUCUCGGAUUUCGCAAGAUGAUUUGAGAACGAUUGUAAAUCGUGCCAUAGCUUCAGUUGAAGGUCUUUAUGCUACUGGCUCGCCAAGAUUGACAAAAUUUGCCUAUAAAGGUGUCUGUAGUUUGCGCGAUCUCGGCGCUUUAAACAUAAAUCUGGACGAUCAUCCUGGUCAAAUUGAAGACAUUGCAAAAAAUGUAAACGACUUAAAGAGAAAUAUUGGUAAAGGCAGGCCGAAGAAGCUUUAUGAAUUAUUGUACAAUUUUAUCAACAAUUUGCGCGUCUCCAACUUGACUUGGGAUAAUCCGUUGUCCAGUAAAGUCAUCAGUGAUGAGAUAAUACAAAAUGAGAUAAUACAAAAGCUAGAUGAGGAUAAUCGAGUCGAUUUUUUGAAGCCCGUGAGUGACAGGGUGCCCAAAUUUCUCCCGGCGAACGUCGAAGCUGUGUGUAAACAAUUUGUGGAUAAUUUCGUUCCGGAAAAUGCAGAUGUAUCAUACGAAAAGUAUUCACAUGAUGGAACGUGGAAAGAAGGGGGCAGAACUAUGAAGAGUACUACAAGGGGAAUUCUGAGAGUAUUGAAAAAGUGCUGGAACAACCCUGUCUUAAAAGAAAAUGUGAACGAGGGCACGUAUGUCAAUACUGUAAUAAUGCCGGUGAUUCAGGCUGCGCUGAAGGACAUGCCGUUGUUAAUCAGUUGCAGCGAACGGCAAAGUCAUGCCAGCGCCGAUAGAAAAGGCGAUAUUGGAAGAAAACCAGACAUUAUGGUUGAAGUUGAGCGGAAUGCCCAAAUGUAUGAAAUUCUAUAUGCGGAAUGUUCCCGCAUGUUUUCGCCACCAAGAAAAAAACUGGACGAUCAAGUAAAGUUGUGGCGAGUAAUGAAUGAUGGGAUGUAUUGGCUUCGUAAGUUCUGCAAGCCAGAAAAGGGGCAAUUUGGCAUCUUGGGGGUGCAGGUGUUCAGAAAAAUGUUUCGCGUAAACGUUCUUAUUCGAGAUGAGUAUGAUAUUCACUUUCAUUACCGUCUUAUUGAAUCUGAGAUUCCUGUUCGGCAGUCAGAUGUUAAGACC